AGCGGGGGCCCCAGGUAUACGGGUCCACUUCUUCCUUGCCAGACUCUACCAUGGAGGCCCCCAGGAUCCCGGGCUUGUCACAACUGCUUCUCCUCGUUGGUCUCCCUCUUGUCCACUGUGGCCCUCUGUACCUUCUUGUGGCCCCUCGAGUUCUAUGGGUGGGGGGCCCAGAGAACAUCUUGCUCCAAGUGCAUCAGGACCCUGAGAAUCUCCUGGUCGAGCCCCUUGAAGUGUUUCUCACCAUUUGGGACUUUCCCCUAGAGAGGAAGUUGUUGUAUAACAUGUCACUCACACUCUCCCCAGACAACAACUAUAUGACAUUGGCUCCUGUGACAAUCCCUGACAGUGUAGUCUUCCCUCCGCGUCCAGGGAAGCAGUACGUGGUCCUCAAAGCCUCCUCAAAGACCUUCUCUCUGAUGAAAACGAUCAUGGUUGCUCCGCAUGCUGGCUAUAUCUUCAUCCAGACGGAUAAGACCAUCUAUACCCCUGAGCAGUGGGUUCAAUACAGGGUGUUCACAGUGAACCAUGGAUUAGACCCAGUGAUGAGGUCAUUCACAAUCGACAUUAAGAACCCCCAAGGUGUCUCUGUCAUCAGCCAGAACUUAGGGGAGGAGAAUGGUUUCUUUGUGGGUUCCUUCCAUCUUCCCGAAUUGGUCAGUUUUGGAACCUGGACCAUUGAGGCCCGAUACCAGAGUGGGCCCCAGAGGCCAUACAGUGUGUCCUUUGAUGUGAAGGAAUAUGUGCUACCAUCAUUUGAGGUUCAACUGGUCCCCAAUAAGACCUUCUUCUAUCUAAAUGACAUGACCUUGGGGAUUGAUAUCAAUGCCAGGUAUGUGUUCAACAAGCCUGUUGAUGGACAUGCUCUGGCCAUUUUUGGAGUGAAACUGGACUCUGAUUGGAUCACCCUCCAGGACUCACUGCAGAGAGUGAAGAUUUCUGAAGGACAGGGACAUGCUUCCCUCAGCAAGGUCACCCUGACUGCACAGUUCCAGGACCUCAACGAACUCCUGGGGGUUUCCAUUUUUGUCAAUGUCACUGUAUUCUCCUCUGCUGGUGAAAUGGUCCAGGCUGAGACUUCGGGGGUGAAGAUAGUCCGGAGUCCCUAUACCAUCAGAUUCACCAGAACUCCCCAUUAUUUCAAGCCUGGAAUGCCCUUCCACUUUGGGGUCUCAGUCACCAAUCCUGAUGGGUCUCCAGCAUCUGGGAUCCAUGUGCAAUGUGAAGGCAACAAGGUCCAGACUUCAGCCAAGGGGCUUGGCUCCUUGACCCUUAACACUGCAACCGACUCGGAGAGACUAUCCAUUCGAGUAGAGACAAAGGAUGAGCAUCUGCAGCCCCAUGAACAGGCCUUUGCCGAGUUGACAAUUCAGGCCUAUAAGACUCAGGAAAACUCUGGAAACUUCCUACACAUUGAGGUCAACGCUUUGGAAACUGAUGUUGGGAAAAGCCUUCAACUGAGCCUCAACACAAGGCAUGAAAAUCAGGACACCAAAGAGAGAAUCAAGAGCUUCACCAUCCUGCUGUUGAGCAAAGGUCAGAUCACACAAGCCCGGAUCGAGCACAGGAGAAUAGGGGGCAUCUUAACAUCCUCCCUGAUCCACGUGAGCCCAGAGCUACUGCCGUCCUUCCGCAUCUUAGCCUAUUACAUCCUUCCAGGCUCCAGUCCAGAGCUUGUGGCUGAUUCUAUCUGGAUUGAUGUGAAGGACACAUGCAUGGGCACUCUUCAGAUAGGUCUGAAGGAUUCAGCAGAUGAUGGAGUAUUUGAACCCAACACCAAGGUGAACUUAUUGCUGACCGGUGACCCCCAUGCCCUGGUGGGUCUGGUUGCUGUGGACAAGGCUGUCUAUGCCCUUAACAGCAAACACAAGCUUUCCCAGAAAAAGGUCUGGGACACAGUAGAGACUCGAGACAUUGCCUGCACUGCCGGGAGUGGUAGAGACAACCUGGGCGUUUUUAUGGAUGCUGGUCUGGACCUCACAACCAGCUCUGGGAUGAGCACAGGGGCUAGUGAAGACUGGCAAUGCCCGCAGACUUCUUCCUCCUCCUCCUCCUCCUCCUCCCGCAAACGCAGGUCCCUGAAGAUUGUGGAAAAGAAGAGACAAAAAGUGAAUGAAUUCAAGAUGGUGCUGGAACGACGCUGCUGUGAGGCUGGGUUUCGAGAGGGGCCCAUUGGACUCUCGUGUGAAGACCGAGUCCCCUGGGUACGCCAUGGCCCGGCCUGUAAGGCUGCCUUUCUACAGUGCUGCAAGCACGGGGCAAUGCUGGACCAAGAAGCCCGAGUGGAGAGGCUACUGCUGGGCACUGUCGAUGAAAAUGAUGACCCAGACGACAUGUGGUUCCCUGAUGACUCUGACUUGCCAGUGCGUACGGUCUUCCCUGAGAGCUGGCUCUGGAGAAAGGUCAAGUUGCCCAAAGACCCUGCCCGUGGCUCAAGUCUUGCUGCUAUGACCAUCCCUGUAAACCUGCCUGAUUCUAUCACCACUUGGCAAAUCAUGGCUGUGAGCCUCCGCCAGGGCAAAGGUGUUUGCAUCUCCGAGCCCCUAGAGAUGACAGUCAGGAAGAAUUUUUUUGUGGAUCUGAAGCUGCCCUUCUCUGUGGUCAGGAACGAGCAGGUUCAAAUCCAAGCCAUUCUGUACAACUACCUGAAAAGAACUGUCAAGGUUCAUGUAGAGUUUCCCUACAAGAAGGCUCUGUGUAGUAAGUCCAGCAAGACCCAGUCCUUCUUCCAGAGAGUCUCUGUUCCUCCCGGCUCCUCAAGGGUGGUGUCGUUCACUGUGCUGCCAGUAGAGCCAGGCAACAUUGAUGUGGAAGUCCAGGUUGAGGGUCGUGGUGUCUGGGACCAAGUGAAGAAGACACUUUUAGUUCGGGCAGAAGGACAGAUAGAGAAAUUCUCUUAUAGCCUACUGUUGGACCCUAAAGGUCUCACCCAGAAGGCAAGUGUGCAGAGAAAGGUCUUUGAGAACAUGGUGCCUGGCACAGAUGCAGAUGUGUUUGUCAGCGUACAAGGAGACAUUCUUGGGGAGCCCAUCCUGGGAGCCCUAACACCUUCGGAACUGCACAAGCUGCUCACAGUUCCAACUGGCUGCCCCGAGCAGACCCUAAGCUCUUUGGCACCUCUGGUCAUCCUAACCCAAUACCUGGAUGCCACAGGGCAGUGGGCCCAAGUUGGGGUGGAGCGGAGAAACCAGGUGAUGGACAACAUUGUGACUGGUUAUGCCCGAAUGCUGGCUCACCGGAAUUCAAAUGGCACCUUCCACAUUCACCGUGAAAGCCCUGGGAGCACAUGGCUCACCAGCUACGUAUUCAGGAUCUUUGCCUUGGCCUUCAAUUCAAUGACAAAGGGUGGAAUGGACUCAGACGUUCUGUGUAGCAGUGCCAAAUGGCUCAUCACCCAGAGACAGGAUGAGGACGGAAGCUUCCAGGAGAAAGCUCCAGUGAUUGUGAAGUCCAUGCAGGGUGGCUUUUGGGGUUCGGAGGCCAAAGUUUCUCUGACAGCUUUGGUGCUGAUUGCAUUGAAGGAAGGCGAGAUUCUGUGUACCUCUGAGGAGCUGAAUGUGGGUGCCAGUAUCCAGAGGGCUGGCGCCUUCCUUGAGCAGCAGCUACCAAGCCUGAAAACAGUGUUCAGUGUGGCCAUUACCUCCUAUGCCCUGGCCCUUGCGGGCAGCCCCCAGGCUAAUGACCGUCUGGAUGACUUUGCAUCACCAGAUAAGAGCCACUGGAAGGUGCAAAAUGACAAGAAGUCGCUGUAUACCGUGGAGGCCACCGCGUAUGCUCUCCUGCAGAAGCUACACCUCAAGAGGCAUGAAGAUAUACACACCAUCGCCAAGUGGCUCAUUGAGCGACGGGAGCUUGGUGGCGGCUUCCAAAGCACCCAGACCACAGUUGUGGCACUCGAGGCCCUCAUCCAGUACCGAAAGAUCAUCCCUGUGAGUGGUGUCUCUGACAUCCAGGUCCAGAUUGCUGUCCCUAAGCGGUCAUUUACUGUGGAGUGGCACAUUGACCGGACCAAUGCCUACCAGCUCCGCUCUCAAAAGUUCUCAGCCCAAGAUGACCUCAUCAUUCAAGCUAGUGGCACUGGGAAAGGCACCCUCUCUGUCCUCACCAUCUACCACAAGCUCCCAGACAGCCAAAAGAGCUCUUGCCACCCUUUUCAUCUGAAUGUAACCCUGCAUCCUGAUGAGAGAAGAGAGGGAGAGACCUAUCAUCUGAAGAUCAAGGCAAGGUACAAAGGACCCCAAGAUGCCACAAUGACCAUUCUGGAGGUGUCACUGUUGACUGGCUUCUAUCCUGACGAGGGUGACCUAAAGCAGCUUACAAGCAACAUUGAGAUGUAUGCCUUCCAGUAUGAGACCAAGACCAGCUCCAGCAAUAGCUCUGUAAUUCUCUACCUGGAAAAGCUCUCCAACCAAGAGGACAUCGUGCUUAGCUUCCGCAUUCACCGGCUCCUUGAGACAGAGCUCUUGCAAGCUGCUCCUGUCACCAUCAUCAACUACUAUGAGCCUGAAGAGAGGUGCAGUGUCUUCUACAAUGUGCCGGGGGACGCUGUGCUCAUGAGGAGGAUCUGCCACAAAGAUGUGUGCCGGUGUGCUGAAGAAAAGUGCCCCUCCCUAACUAGUAACUAUGAUGGCAUCAACCAGAAGGAACUUCAGAUCACAGCUUGUCGGCCAGGGGUUGACUUUGUCUAUAAAGCCCACUUGGCCGAACUGGAGAAGCUGGACACCUAUGUCUACUACACUAUGAAAAUCCUAGAAGUUAUCAAGAGUGGCACAGACACUGGAGUUCUCAACAAAAGCAAAAAGUUUGUCUCCCACAUAAUGUGUUUCCAUGCCCUUGGGCUGAAGGCCAAUGAGACAUAUUUAAUCAUGGGUCAGUCAUCAGAUCUGUGGAAGACCAGAGAUGAAUACAGCUAUGCCUUAAGCAUGGAUACCUUCAUCAUCAAGUGGCCAGAAGUAUCUGAUGUCGUUCUUUUGGAAUUUCGAAAUGAACUGGAAAGGUUUUCAGAAUUUCUGAGUGUUCGCGGCUGUGAAAGUUAGCUGGUCAGCAUCCAACUGUGCCCUCAGAUGACCGAUGAUGAAGAGUGUGAAUGCCUCCUAUCUCUCAGCAGAGAGUUGGUGGACUACAGGCACAGAAUCUAGCAACCAAUUUCAGACAUGGCUAUUGUAUUCAUUUGUUUUCCUUGAUCUCAUUGUUCAUAUUUGUUCUAUCUGGGAAUGGGGAAUCAUUGGAAAGUGAUGAUAAUAUUUAAAAAGACAAAAGCAUCAAUAAAAAUUUGAGGAUUUGGGGCA